GGUGAUGAGUGCGACUUGAUGGCGGUGUGGUUGUAGUGGCAAUGUUUUCAUUUCGAAAAAUUUCACUGGCCCAAUAUUGCCAACUAGUCUCCGAGUUCAACUUGACCAGAUCGAACGUAACCAUCGAUUUUUGCAUUGCAAUGCCCAACUAAAAUUCCACUAACAGCCCAGCGCGAUAGCAUUUUCUGCUGUCAAACAGACUCAAACAAACAAUAAUACUCAUGCGUAAAUAUAAUAUUAUGUGAAAUUAUUGAGUAUUAAAUGUAAUUAUAAUAAAAAAUUAAAUAUCACAUAAAAAGAAUACUAAAAGUUUAACAUUAAGACGUUUAUAUUUGUAUUUAAAAAGAGAUACGAACAUUUUUUUAAAAUAACCAAGCAUCAACUCAACGAAUCUUAACAUUACAUACGAGUAUUUGUAGUAAUCGAAAAUCCGCAGGAAUACUUACAUAUGUAUUUACAUACAUACAUAUGUACAUAUACAAAUAUUAAGAGUACUCACUUAGUAACUAAAUCAAAACACAAAACGAUCUGGAAUUCGUCGCUAAUACAAUAAAAAUCAAAAAUAAAAAACUACAAGCAUGCAACAAACGCGUUCACAGCAGCGGACAUCUAGUCAUCCCCUCUACUUGCAGGAUGGGCUUAGUCCUAAAAAAACGGCUGUCAUCAUUGUGACCGUAGUAGGUUGCAUUGCAAUACUUUGGCCAAAAGUAUUCUAUCCGAUGAUGUUCGGCGGAACUGCGCCGACGAAAAGCGGCAGUUUGAAGGAUCAACGCGGUCCCGGAGGUUGUUGUGAUGUAGUUGUUGACAGGGAGAAAUUUUUGAAUGAAACUACUACAGAAAUUGGCCCACAAUUGUAUCGCAAACAACUGAACUUAUACACCGGAGAGAUGAGUUUACGGCAGGAGCGUCCGGCACAUUUACAUCCCGAAUCCAUCUAUCAGGCGAUGCGUGAAAGAGGGCGCGCGAUACCUGCAACUACGCCCACAGUGCCAAUUUUGGAACGCAAGGGAUCGCCGAGUAAUCCACCGCCGCGCAUCAUUGAUGGCCGUCCUGGUCCAAUACCCGGUAUGCGUCCACCCAUGGGCGCUGGCUCCAUGCAUCAACCGCAAGGCCGUGGUGGUAACAGCAUGGGCUUCAUAAUGCCACUUUACACCAUUGGCAUCAUAGUCUUCUUCGGUUACACUAUUAUGAAGAUAGUGUUCAAGAGGCCUAUUUCGAAUACGCCUUAUGGACCUACUGCAAGUGACCCUAAUUUUAGGAAGGAAGUAUUUGGUCAAGAAAAUGGCAGACAUGUUGAGGAACUCAAUGGCUCUAAGAUAGGGUGGCGAGAACAUCAAGCAAGGCUGAGAUUGCACGAACACAUCAGCAGUGGUGGCGGUGGUGGGGCUGGUACUGGUGCUGGUGUUGGAGGUGGCAGCGAUCUUUAUAAUGCUAGUUUGGCAACUGCCACCGCAGCUUCCAAUCUUUCAACGCAACUCAAGCAACACAGUCAUGGUAUUCCUGCCUCAUUUGGUGGUAUUGGUGGCGAUGGUGGCAUUCUGGCAGCCGGAUUCAACAAGGAAACCGAACAAUUAAUGGAAAUUGAGAAAUUGCGCAAAAAGCUUGAGGAUACCGAAAAGGCGAUGGCAAAACUAAUCGCUGAAAUGAACUCAGACCAAUACGAAGCUAAGCAGAAAUCAAGCGAAAAUUCAACAUCAAACUUUGGAGACAUUUCCAAUGGGCAUACAAAAUCUGAGCCCGAGCAUGCGCACGAUCACAGCGAAAACACGAACAAAGCCAAAACCGAAGAAAAUGCAUUAGAUAGUGAAACCCAAUCCAGUGUUGCUGGAGAAGAGCAACAGGAGGUGCGAAGUGCAACGAGUAAGCCAGUUGAUGGCGUAGAACCAAAGAAUAGCACACAACAGAAGAAACGGGAUGGCAGUGUCGAUAGAUCAGUGGCGGUUCUUGGAAUGGAGGUAACAGCAAGUUGUGAGGGUGGCAAAAAAUGGACCGGCCGCCCUCCAACGCCUGUUUUCUUUUCACACCCUGAACAUUCCAAAGACGACGACGAAGACCAAAUGCCUGAGCCGCAGUCCAUCUACUUGGAAGGUGCCUUGGCACACGAGUCACAAAUAUUGGUCGCCGAUUCGGAAACAAAAACGGAGGAGGUCUAUGAUACAGAGCUUAACGGCUCGCUGGAAGAACCAGCGGUGGUGCUUAGCAGUAAAAUGACAUUGUCGCUAAUCAAUUUGGAUAUAAAUCACGAAAGUAGCGAUGAUCAAAAGAAACCGGAAGUCGAGAGUCCAUUGGCGGACGAUAUCGAGAUAAUUGGCGAUGAUGAAAAAUAAGAAUAAAAAUCGAAAUCGAUAUAAAUAUCACCAAAAAAAAGCAAUGAAUUCGAAAAAAAUUUGAAAAUUGCAUAAAUUCAUUUGUAAAUCGAUUGCGAUUGCAUGAAAUGCACGAAAAUAAAUCUGUGUCUGAAUUGAGUAGUAUUCAAAAAAGAAUAAAAGAAGUCAUAUUGCAUAUAUUUCUAAAAAUUAUUGCUAACGCGUAUAAUAUUUUGUGUAAGAUCGUAUCGAUUUCAGUUGAUUUUAAGAUUUUAAGUAAAAAUGUGGAGAAACUAAAUUGAAGACCCUACAAUUUUUAAUGUGACUGAAUUAUGUAAAUUUUGUUUUUGGUUUUCAAUGUUUGUCGUACGCAAAUUAACAUAAAAUAAACCAACAUCUGACAAGGAAACAACUAAAAUUUGGAUACGCUUAAGAGUUAAGAAAAUGAAAAUUACGAACUUGUACUUCCGUUGUAUGGAAAAACUGUUGUCAAUAAUCCUAACAUCCUAACAUCACUCUCUGUUGUUUUAAAUAUUGAAUGUAGGUGCAUUUUUCUUUUUGGAACUUUGUUUUGUGAUUCGUUGGAGUCAUUUUGUUCUUCUGUUAUUCAUAAAUUUUAUGAAUUUGCUCGGGUGUAUGCUCAAAAUAAUUUGUAUGCCAAAUACUAUCACUAAAUAAGAUCCCACUUCCAAAUUUAUACCAUUAACCACACACAAAAAAAAAACAAAAACAAAAUUUUAAACAUCAAACAAAUACUCUAUAAAUUUGAAGUAGACAUAGUGUAAUACUUUAAGAUAAUAAUACCUGUUUUUUCUUUGCAAAAAUAAGUUCCAAUCCUAUGGAAUAUCCAAUGGAAUAACUAAUAAAUCUAGUCUUCAUCACAAAAUAAAAAUUAUUUGUCGCAAUCAUAGUUUCUAACAUUUGCCAACAAUUUUAUAGAAAGUAAUAGUAUUUAUCUCGAAAUAUAAUUUUUUUUGCAAACCAUUUAAUAUAAAUAUGUAUGUAUUAACUACGAGUAAAUUGUCGUGUUUUCAAUAUGUUUAUAAAAUACCCAAACUGUGUGAGAUUUGGAAAGGUUGGGGUUCAAAAGCCAAAUAAAAUAGAAUCAGUAAGCUCAAA